UCGGUGGAAACCUUCUUGGGUGAAAAGCAGAGCCAGAGCGAUCGACAACAAAAGACAUUCUUCGCCCAUUGAAGCGAAUAAUUUUGCCAGAUUAUACGCAAAUAGUCACAUUAAUACUGCGCUUUUUCCUGAAGAAACAAGGCUAACCAAUUCCUCACCAAGAUGUGCGCAAAAAUGGCAUUUCAGCACCAAGCGGGCACCGCUAUGGAGUGCUUGAGUAUUCCCAUCACUCUUCACAAAGAGAGUGGCCAGGACUCUGAAGGAAAGGAGGUGCUGAAGUGCGGCUUCAGGAUCGGCGGAGGAAUCGACCAGGACUACCGCAAGAGUCCUCAGGGAUACACAGACAAUGGUAUAUACGUAACGGAAGUGCACGACGGGAGUCCAGCCGCAAAAGCAGGGCUGCGGAUGCACGACAAAAUAUUACAAUGUAAUGGGUACGAUUUUACCAUGGUGACGCAUAAAAAAGCAGUCGACUACAUUAAGAAGCAUCCUGUUCUGAAUCUUUUGGUGGCACGGAAAGGAGUCACGUCAACUUAAGUUUCUCCACUUUGUAUAUUGUUUAUUUCUUUUUGUUAUUUGAUUAAUUGAUGCACAAGCAUUAGCCAAAUUCAGAGGAAAUUUUCCAUUGGCUUUCAAAUCUAAGCAUCGGUUAUUAAUUUGCAUUCCAGAUUUAAUGCAUUAUGAACAGAUUUCUGUUCUUUUCAUUCCUAUUUUGUCUGAUCAAGUUUCCCGAAAAAAAGAGCUACAUUUUUAUAUUUAAUGAACAUUUCCACGCUUUUUUUUAUUUAUAUCGGCUAACGCCAAAGACAUAAUAUUUUGCGCAGUAUUACAUAAACGCACACGAGUUUGUCAUUUUGCAGGGUGGGCAUUAACAGCGGUUUUUAGAAUAGGGUGGAAAUCUCAAACGACGCGCAAAGCCAAGACAGGGCUGCUUGGAUCAAAAUGUAGAAAUUAUUGGGCAGCUGCAAAAUCAAGUCCAGCUAAGUCACAUAAUUGAUAAGAGUAUUAUAUAAACCAGUCCAGCAAAGGAGGCGGCUGGCUUUUUCAUAUUUACUAUAGAUUGAGCUUAAUUCAUUCGUUUUAAGAGUGACAAAACGCAUUGAGACAAAAGUGUAGUUAUGCUUAAGAAAAUUAAUAUAAGGAAGCGUGGAGAACAGAACUAAUCGUAUCAGUCAAUGUGAGCCAACGAGAUCAAUGUAAAAUCAUAUGUGUUGCUACACAUCUAUAUAAAUUCCAUCUAAUGUAAAACAAUUAACGGUGAAUUUUUACGCAGCCGCAACAAGACAUUAUUUUCACGCCAACGGUUAAAAUUUUGAGAUUACUUAUAAAAUAACUUUAUUUUAAAAUGAUUUUGGCUAUGAAAUUUUAAAUUUAGCCACUUGCCAUUCUACUCUAAGUUUGUGCGUGUUGUGAAAUGUUGUGAAGCCCAGAAUUCAAUCAAGAAUAAUAACCAGUGUAGUUCGAUGAGCGACGUGCCAAAGAAUACUUAAAUAGCAGAGAUGAUGAUGAUUUAAGGCACAGAUAGUUAUGAAAUUUAAUGUCAAAAGUGAAUUUUUAAUAGUAUAUUCCAGUUUAUAUGCCAAUUGGCUUACACACAUUUUCUAAUGAAUCCUAUGCAAUAAAAAAAACUUUUCAUUCGAACCUUCAAAUUU